CCAAGAGAUAGAAGAAACAUGCAAGUGGGAGAGGGUUCCGAUGAUUAUAGUCGUCCCUGGUUUCGAGUUGGACAGUUCAGUUCAUUUGGUUGGUAGAGGCGAACGAUGGUGCAUAGCACGACAGCUGAUUCUGGACAGUGUUGCGUCGUCUGAUCGUUUCUCUUCGCUGUCAGUUGCAGUUCAUACUGCGAAUCGGUUAGCUGCUUUACGUUUUGAUUUUCAUUUAUACGUGCUCGCAGAAUAUAACUGAUUGCAAUCUUUAUUAAAUAUUAUUUUCGAAAACAAAUACCGUUUUGCGAUUCGAAAAAUUCCUUAUUAAUAAUUGGAAAGCGAAGACAAGGAUUAAAAACACAUCAUAACUACGGCCUAUCUAGUUGCUUUUCACUUUAUUGUAAUUUUUGUGAUCAUUAUUUCUUUCUAACGCGAUUGCUGUGCAUGGUGAAGCGUCAGAAGAAAGGGCGGAGAGAUAGAGAAUGCACAGUAUCAUCAUCAGGGUAUGAUUUCGAACGCCGUUUGGAUACCUAAAUUUACCUUCGACCGAUGCAUCAGGAGAUGAUGGCAGAUUUAAAAAAUCUUGCAUUGACCGGUGGAGGAGGAUCUAGAUACAGUGGCGAUGAACAAGUACAGUUCAUUCCAGGUGGAAGUCAUCAGGUGACAAUUAAAUCUCCUCCACCUUCCCUGCAUUUGGAAAAUCUCAAUAAUGCUGUCCUCAGUAACUCGCAAAAUAAUCUUCACUGCAAUUGCAAUGGUAGCGCAUCUAAUGGUACUGCGGCUUCAAUGUGUAGCAAUAGCAUGUUCGCAAGAAAAGUACCAAAUCAUAGUCCGGGACAGGAUGGCAAAAGGCCGGCAGUAACGCUGACGCAUUUACCGAAGAGGCCACCGGUUGACAUUGAGUUCAAGAAUCUAGCGUACAGCGUGUCAGAAGGCAGAAAAAGAGGAUAUAAAACAAUCCUGAAAUGUGUAAAUGGAAAAUUUCGAUCCGGAGAAUUGACCGCCAUCAUGGGUCCUUCAGGUGCUGGAAAAAGUACACUUAUGAACGUUUUGGCAGGGUACAAGACAUCUCAUCUAAGUGGUUCUGUUCUGAUAAAUGGAAAAGAUAGGAAUCUUAGGAGAUUUCGAAAAAUGUCUUGUUACAUAAUGCAAGAUGACCGUCUGUUACCUCAUUUAACGGUUUAUGAGACAAUGACGGUUUCUGCUAAUUUGAAAUUAGGAAAAGAUAUCAGCGCAACGGCAAAAAAAAUUGUGAUCGAAGAAAUAAUCGAAACGCUUGGCCUAAGCGAUGCGAGCAAUACACAGACUCAUUGUCUUAGCGGAGGGCAAAGAAAAAGAUUAUCGAUCGCGUUGGAACUUGUUAACAAUCCUCCGGUGAUGUUUUUUGAUGAACCAACUUCUGGCUUGGACAGUUCAACUUGUUAUCAAUGUUUAAGUUUGCUCAAAUCAUUAAGUAGAGGAGGAAGAACUAUUAUAUGUACGAUACAUCAACCAAGUGCACGAUUAUUUGAAAUGUUUGAUCAUUUGUACCUUUUGGCCGAGGGCCAGUGUAUAUAUCAAGGAAAUGUUGGUGGGCUGGUACCCUUUCUAUCAUCAGUGGGCUUAGAAUGUCCCAGUUAUCAUAACCCAGCGGAUUAUGUUAUGGAAGUGGCAUGUGGAGAACAUGGAGAAUGUGUGCAUAAAUUAGUUAUGGCUGUAAAUAAUGGUAAAUGUGCUAAUUAUCAACAUUAUCAAAGUACUAUAAAUGCGGUGCAAACUGUAUCGAAUGAUAUCGCGAAGGAGUCUCCGCAGCAAGAAACAAAAUCUGAAACUGCUUUAAUACCAAACGGUGUAGCAAAACAACCAAAUAGCGGAACAGUAAUUAACAUACCAAUUUCUUGCACGACUUCUUUAUUGGAUAGUGCAGAAAGUAUUGAGCAAAAAGUUGGCUUUCCAACAAAUAGUUGGACUCAAUUUUGGAUCCUUCUUAAAAGGAUAUUCUUGUCACAAAUAAGAGACAUGACAUUAACGAGAGUAAGGCUGAUUUCCCAUAUAAUUGUUGGGUUUCUCAUUGGUGCAAUUUAUUAUGAUAUCGGCAAUGAUGCUUCACGAGUAAUGAGCAAUGCCGGCUGCGUUUUCUUUACGGUAAUGUUUCUCAUGUUCACCGCAAUGAUGCCUACCAUUCUUACAUUUCCAAUAGAAAUGGCAGUAUUUGUAAGAGAACAUUUAAAUUAUUGGUAUUCUGUAAAAGCUUAUUAUCUUGCAAGAACUUUAGCCGAUGUACCUUUUCAAAUAGUAUAUUCUAUAGCAUACGUCAUAAUUGUAUAUUUCAUGACGUCGCAACCAUUGGAAACAAAUAGAUUCAUGAUGUAUUUAACUAUAUGUAUAUUAACAGCAUUAGUUUCUCAAUCUAUCGGUUUAGUGAUAGGAUCAGCGAUGAGUGUGGAGGUAACACUUCAUUUGUAUAUAAUGUCAUCGAUAUUUUUUAUUGUUUUUCCAAAAUUUAAUAAAAAAAAUUUUUUUCAGACUGGAGUAUUCAUUGGCCCUGUAUCGUCAGUGCCAAUUGUUUUGUUCUCCGGUUUCUUUGUUAAUUUUGAUGCCAUUCCAAAGUAUCUAAAAUUUCUUUCGUACGUAAGUUAUGUUAGAUAUAGUUUUGAAGGCACCAUGAUUUCUGUGUAUGGUUAUAAUCGUGCUAAGCUCAAGUGUUCCGAUGCGUACUGCCAUUUCAAGAGCCCGACGAAGUUCCUCGAAGAAAUGUCGAUGCAAAACGCCGUCUUUUGGCAGGACGCGGUUGCAUUGACAGGCUUUUUGCUUACCUUGAGAGUGAUCGCCUACUUUGUACUGAGACUGAAGUUACGAUCUCUUCGUUAAAACGUGGCGAUAAUAUAAUCGAUAAUCAAUAGAUCAUCGUAUUACGAAUAUUCGUUUCAUCUCAAUCUUAAGAUAUUAAAAUCUUUGGAAAUUGCUGAUUCUAAAUUUCUAUUUUUUUUUUUUUCAUUGAAAAUAAAAAAAUUUGGACAUUUCAGCAAAAUUAUAAAACAUAUAUGUAUGUAGAAUGACGAAAUAUUUUAAUUUUUAUUUGUUUUUGUUUUUAUUUGUUUUGUACCAAGAUUUUAUAUUUAUUUGAGCUCGUCUCAUAGAUUUGCUUGUGUUUUGAUUAUGUAAUGACAAAACCAUAAAAUCAUUUUUAGAAACCGUAUUAUAAUUAUAGAGUCCUUCAUUACUUUGAAUUUUGUUAAAAAUAUCGAAGUUUAAAAAACCUGCACUCUUAAUUAUGUGCUUUAAAUAAAUUGCAAUUAAUAUAAUUUAAAUACAAGGAAAGUUAAACAAAUAUUUAUAUUUUAUGAAGAUUUUGUUUUUGUUGUACCCUCAAGUUCAAUUUAUACAAUUUAUACAUUAAUGCAAAAUGUUGAAUUUGGAAUGUUAAAGUGACUAAAAUCAAUUCGAAUAAGAUAUUGAGAAUAUGUGAUUUAUUGAUUAUUUUAUGUUAUACGGAUAUGAUAUUUUGCAAUAAGUCUCUCGAUCGGCAUUAAGCGGUCGUUUUUAAUUCUUCUGAAGAUAAUUCUAUACGAUUUUAUUAUUUUCAAUUCUCUCAUUCUUGUAUAUAAAUAUAGAUAUAACAUCCAAAUGCAUCAUGACAUUGAACGAGACUAACAAUAAAAAAUACAGAUAAAUGGUACGCAUAGAGAGUUUAGGCAUUUUUAAUAAAUUAGAAUACGCAAAAAUAGCGUGAAAUUGUAAAUCAUUGAUAAUAAACAGAAAAGAGACCAUCAUUGGUACUAUGUAUUUUAUCGAAAUGCAACAUUGAUAGCCAAUUAUUACAAACUCGCCAGGAGCCUUAGGCCCAUUCAAGACUCAUGGUCCCUCCAACGAGCGCGUGUGUAUCACGCGAAUAACAUAGACUUUUUUUUAUAGAAAAUAAGCAAUAGAAAAUUUACAAAUCAAAGAUUAGAAUAGAUCCUCUAUUGUUCUCACAUUUACAUCGAUAGUUAUAUUCACUUAAUCUACAAAAGAUAUCUCGAAGAUAUAUCAGCAAAAGAAACGACCAAUAAUCGUUUAACAUAUCGGACAAAAAUAAAUUUUAGCCAACAUGUUGAAGCACCAAAAAUUAAUUUAUCUUGCCCGAUAUUUAUGUAUGUAUAUCAGCGAGAUAUUUGAAUAUUUGUACUAAAUCAAGGUCGCGAACAAUCCUUACUAUAUUGUCAUUCCAUUUAUAGAUAAUUCAAUAAUUAUAAUAUUUAAGAGGCGAAAAAUUAUAAAACAUAAUAUUGUAAAAAGCUCACACCUGACCAAUCACUAGCUGCCUGUGCGUUUGCUUCUAAGUCUGGAGUGCUGAAUUGUUACAUUUAUUAUAAUAUAGUCAUUUAAUUAAAGAGGUGAGGGAAGUAUAUUAUUAAAAAAAGAAAAAAAUUAGAAGAAAAAAAAAAAAAAAAAAAAAAGAAGAAGAAGAAAAAUAUAAUAGAAUGUGACAAAAAGAUUAUUCUGAUUUUGGAAACUUUUACAGGAGUUUUUGUUCACGGCCUAUGCAUUAUUCUAACUGCUACAAAUUCAUUUACUUAUGACUGGAGAACAAAAAGAAGAAAAUAAAAAAUUAAUACACUUCUUCUUUAACUUACAGUUAGAUCUCAUAUCAUGUUUCAUAAUAAUCAUAAACAUGUUUAAAUAAUUAUAUAAUUAUAAUAAUGUUAUUAUUAUAAUAUUAUUAUUAAUAUUUAAUAGCGUUACAUUUAAGUUUAAUUUUUUAAAUUUUAAAUCAAUUAAAAAAAUUAUUACAUAAAUAUUUUUAUAUUUCAAUAUCAAAUGUAAAUUAGAUUUAUCACUUUUUUAUUAAAAUUUAUUAUAUUAUAUAUUAUUAUUCUCUUUGAUGUUGAGUUAUUCCUAUUUUAUUCUAAUUAUGAAUAUAAAUUGUAUUCUAAUUAUAUAAUGUAUAAUUAUUAGAUAUUUUUAAUCUUAAAUCAGUACUUAUUGUAAACUUAAAUGCUUAGAAUUUGUACUAUAAAAUAUUAGAAAAUUCUUAUUUACUUAAUCAUUUCAAAUUGAAAUUUAAGUUUAUUUUUAAUUAUUCAAAAUUAAGAAUUAAAUAAAUUACAAAUUUUGGAAUUUUCAUUGGACAUUAAUUUUAAUAUCAUUGCAUAAUUUAUUUUUUCAUAUACUAAAUAUUAAAUGAGAAAAUCGUAAUACGAAAAAAAAAUCUAAUAAAUAUAGGGCAAGAGUAGAAAAAAAUAGGCCAAAAAUUUCCAUACUUUUAGAUUGGUUACAUAUUUAUUAUUUAUAUUUUUACUUAUCAUUAUAUAAAUAAACAAAUUAAUCGAAUUUAUACAUGAGAAACAACGAUAUACUGUAUUACACGUAUGAAUAUUUUGUUCUCAUUUUAUUUUUAUCAUUACAAAGAAAUUAAUAUGAAAUAUUAUGCUCUAAUCAAAUCAUCGAUGUUAAAUAUUAUUUGUAUUUCAUUUCGAAUACAUUUUAGGAAUAACUUGGAAUGUCUGUGAUUCAGUAUCGUCAAACAAUUGUUUGAUUAUACGAGAAUAAAAUUUUAUGAAAUGUAUAUAUAAAAUGAUGUAAACAUAAGAAAAUUAAAAUGGAAAUGGGGUAAUAAUAAGAUAUUGAAAUUAUCUAGAUAAUCAGAUACGUAUAACGAUUAUUUAUUUUCAUUUAAAAAAAAUGUUGCUUACCUGUUUAGAUCUUGGUUCGCAUUCAUCACGUGACGAAAAUGAACUGUACAAAAUCUGGAAGUAACUCAAUUCUAUUGUACCAUAGUUAUAUCUAUAAUCUUAAUACAUAGAUUUACUUAUAAAAGUAAUACAUAGAAAUAGGCUAUAUGUAUAUGUAUACAUAUAAAACCAAGGUUUAAACAUAACAUUGACCGAUUCAUUUGAAACUGAAUAUUCGUUUAUUAUUCAUUUGUAUUAUUGAAAUUGUUUUUUUAUUUCUUCAUGAGUUUUUAAUUUUUUUUUUUAUAAUACUGCGUAAUCGCAUACGUAACUGAAAAUUAAUAGAUGUAAAAGCAGUAAAAUGUUAAGUUCAAUUCAUACAAAUCCACGCGUAUUGUGUUCAAGGCUCGCGAGAAUUGAGACUGUAAUAGUGAACAAAAAAAUUUUUAAUUGCAUGUGACCAUCUUGCGAACAAAACUAUCAAACUGCUGCUAAAAAAGAAUUUGAAUAAUAUACUAUCAUAUUUGCAUAUAGACGCGCAGCAUAAAAGAAUUCAUUAAGACAGUUUCGCUUUUAGGACACAUAUUUCAAAUGUACAAUAUACAAUGUAUAUUGUUCGAUCAUAUAUCGCAUACAUUCAUGACACUUUUUUCAAGUAUUGUAAUUUUAUAUAAACAAAAAAUUAUAGGUACGUGUGUAAGAUUGUGCGUUUGUGGGUAUGAACAUCGAAAACAAAUAAAGAUACGUGUAAAACAGACAAAAGAAUUUAAAAAACAAAUAUACACGCAGGAGGAGAAGAUUGCAAAUCCUUAUAAGAUUUUUAAAUGUAAUAUUUCGUAUUCUAAACCAAGAAUGACACAUUUAUACUAAAGCACAAAUGAAUAAAAGCAUCUGUAUAACGUGUAAAAAUAUAACGUUGUUAUCUUUAUUCAAAAUUUAAUAUUAAAUAUUCAUUAUCAUUAAUUGGCAUAAUUUAAAUAUGAGAUUUAAAAUUGUAAUAAAAAAAAUUCGUCAAGAACACGUGGUGUAAAAGCAACGAAUCUAAUGGAGGAAUAGUUAUUUUAAACUUGCUUUUAUCAAUGCUGCCAAAGCAAGACAUCUUCGAAUUUUUCAUUUCUUGCAAUUUAAGAUCAGUAUAUUAUAGAAUACAAUAAAGUAUUUAUUUCAUUAUGAUAUGUUUAAUUUCAUAAUAUUAAUUUUUUUAAAUAUUUUUUUAUCUCAUUUCUUACAUUAUUUCAAACAAUUUUUGAAGUAUAUUUUAGAAUACUAUUUUAGAAAUUUUAUAAUUAAGUUGGUAAGAAAUUGAAUGCAGUUUAUAGAAUUCGUUCUAAAUCUAUCGCAAUCAAUUGAGCAAUAACUAAGGAAAUCCAGAAAUUUCAAGAAAUAUGGAGAAACCUAUAGUUCGUGCAAGAGUAGUGAAAGUUCUUGGCAGAACAGGUUCUCAAGGGCAAUGUACGCAAGUCAAAGUGGAGUUUUUGAAUGAGCAAAACAGACAGUUAAUUCGGAACGUGAAAGGUCCUGUACGAGAAGGAGACAUUCUAACACUCUUAGAAUCUGAAAGAGAAGCCAGACGACUUCGUUAGUACAUUUAAGAAUAAAACUUUCUUCUCGAAAAUUAAGCAAAAAAUAUAUAUAUUAAACUGCUCCAGAAAAAAAGAGAGAAAAAGAGAAUGAUGAUUAAUAUCGACUCUCUUAUAUACUAUUUGGUAUGUACACAAAAGGAAGGAAAAAAUAACGUUUCUAAAUAUUUUUUAAACAAUUAAAGUCGAUAAAAUAUAAAUAUCAAUAUGCAUUUCAUUUCCUAGGUAUUAUUAUUGUUAGAUAUUAUAAAUAGAAACUAAUUGACAUUUGUUUUAGAACUCUGAUCAAUCUCUUUUUUCCUUAUAUGUUUCUAAUUUUAAUGAAAAAUUAUAUUCAUAAUUGAUGAAAUUGAUGAAAAUGAUAUAUAUGUACAUAUUAUUGUUAUACAAGUAUAACUGAAGUAUAUUUGUAAAUAAAAAUUAAUAAAAAUAAUUAAUAAUAAUAAAAAUUCAAAAAAUAAA